AUGCUCUUUGCGACAACCGGGAUGUCACUCAAUUAUCCGCCACGCGAAAUGGCAUCUGGACUGUGUGUGGGGGUAAUUGAGACGACUCCGCAUGUUGUCAGCACAUACGAAAUCGCUCCAUUCGUUCAAAACAAGCAGAAAUCCUCACAAGACACAUCAAGAGAAAAACAAACUGUGUUUAGGGGUACGCCACAACACUUCAACUUUAACCCGACCGUAAGCGAUACGGAGAGUAGUGAGUCAUUUGCCGACGAGGUGCUCAACCUUAGUCGCAAAGACUAA